AUGAGUAGCAGUGGUGCUGGCACCGCUGCCACCGCUGGUACCGCCACUACCACAGAGAGUGUGGCUUCUUCGUCCUUUUGGCGUACCAACAGUCGCUCGAUUCCGGGCCGGCCUACGACCGUCGCGAAUCGGCUCGGCGGUGGACGUCCGAUCGGUUCCGGUUCAAGUUCUUCGUUCCAGGACUACCAAGAGUCGGUGAGCGACGCCUGGGAUCUGGGAGAUGACGAGUUUUGUAUCAUUUCCGGUGUGGUCGAUACACGCAUAUCGAAACGAGCUUCUCAAACGGCCGCCCUGAAUGUGAUAAAAACUCACAAAAGCGGCAAAACGUCGCAAACGACAGUAUUGGCACAGGAAAUGCGUGAAAUGCCAAAGGGCAGUGUUCUGACAAAAGACAGAACAGAAUCACUGGAACAGACGGAGGGCGGAGACCGAACAGCCUUGGAGGGCACUGCAUCCGAUCAAGUCGGGCUUCGAAUAGAGAGUUUAGACAUUCAUUCUACGCGGGUGCUGUCGGCCAGUCCGGGCAGCCCUACCGAAGGGUUGGUAUACGCAAACGAUAAUCGCUUACGGCAAAGAUUUCACGCAUAUCCCGGCCGUCCACAACUGCUGAAACUCUCCUCCAACGUAGCGGCCAAGGACGUUGAGUGUGAAUCGAAAUAUGAAAAGUUUAGCAACAUACUUGAGGCACCACUCCUGAAUCUACUUGCCUUGAAGGAACUCAGUUGGUCCGGCGUACCACGCAAGAUGCGGGCAGUCACUUGGCGCCUUCUGUCCGGCUACCUUCCGACCAGCCUUGAACGGCGCCAGACGGUGUUGGAGCGAAAGCGCGUCGACUAUAGGAAGCUCGUCCAGCAAUACUUCGAUGCGGAGCGGCGUGACGAAAGCCAACAGGACACGUUCCGGCAGAUCCACAUCGAUGUGCCGCGCAUGAACCCCCAUGUGUCCCUCUUUCAGCAGCAGCUCGUGCAGGAGAUGUUCGAACGUAUUCUCUUCAUCUGGGCCAUUCGGCAUCCGGCGUCUGGCUACGUGCAGGGCAUUAACGAUCUCGUGACACCGUUCUUCAUUGUCUUCCUGCAGGAAGCCGUCGGACCGGAUAAAGAGCUAGAACAGUGCCAACUUGAAUCGCUCAGCAUCGAGCAGCGUGACAUCAUCGAGGCGGACUCUUUCUGGUGUUUGUCCAAAUUUCUCGACUGCAUCCAGGAUAACUACAUCUUUGCCCAGCUCGGCAUUCAGGCGAAGGUGAACCAGUUGAAGGAACUUAUCCAGCGGAUUGACGGGACUCUUCAUCGACACCUGCAAACGCAUGGUGUGGACUACCUGCAGUUUUCCUUCCGGUGGAUGAAUAAUUUACUGACACGCGAACUACCACUUUAUUGCACUAUCCGCCUCUGGGACACGUACCUGGCCGAGUCGGACGGCUUCGCCGUGUUUCAGCUGUACGUUUGUGCCGCUUUUCUGCUGCACUGGCGUGAUCAGCUGCUGCAAGAGAAGGACUUUCAGGGACUAAUGCUACUGCUGCAGAAUCUACCGACUCAUAACUGGAUGGACUCGCAUAUCGGUGUGCUGGUUGCGGAAGCGUUUCGACUCAAGUUUACGUACGCUGACGCUCCGAAGCAUCUGGAGGGUAAAAGUUGACCCGGAAUGGCACCGGACGCUGGGUAUCAUAAUUACUGUAGGAACUAUCUAUAUAAGAUCAUCUAGGAGCGCGCGUCUGUUUGACGGUUCCAGAAGUUUGCGGACUCUCAAGGGAGAGCGGAGAACAGGGCAACGAAGAGAAGCAAUCGGCAAACAACGUUUCUUGUAGAACAAGCGACAAACGAGGGAACAAAGCUGCGAGCGAAGAAGGGAAGCAGAAAGGAGUAAUAGAAGGUAUAUGAAAGUUUUGCCUUUGCCUUUCCCCCCCAGCACCGUUGUUCCAGUAGCAGACUGGUGAAAACGGUCGCUUUUUUUGCGAAGGAGGAAGUAUUAAUAACGUUUGAUUUUCGUGGGUUUUUGUUCCGGUGUUAGGUUUCAAAAACUUUGAUAGAAAACAUGAUGAAUUUUUAUACACAGAAAAUGAACCGAUUUACAGUCGACCGCUGCACCACAUGAGCAGCAAUACAUGCGCCAUAGCUUUUGGUGGGGUCCGCCGAAACAAUUAUGGGGCUUCCGCGUUGGAAUCCACAGUAGAACAUGUAAAUGUAACGAAGGCAACGACGUGCUGAGUGAAAAUGAUGCAAAUAGCUUUGAGGUCCGCGACAACUGCAAUUUCCGUGCGGAACAUAUUUGACGACGGAACAGAACGAUGUCUAAUAUUAACGGAUGAUCAUGAAGAAGCAAGGAAAAUCA